AGGAGGUCCAGAUCAACAGAAUUUGUAGUCUUCUCUUCCUCAUAGAGCUGAAUACAGAACACAAAGAAGCACCAGGCCCCUAGGGCCUUUGCACUCUCUCUGUGAUGUGCCUGCCUCUGCCAUCUCAAAACCAGCUCUGACAGGCCUAGGGACAUGCCAACAAAAGCAAGAAGAGCCACCGCUGAUUUUGGAAAGCAGACUGCAUCACGCCUGUCUUAUCAACACAUCGAGAUCAUGCCCCUUCCUCUAUGAUGACCUUUCUAGGAGACAGUGGAUGCCUAUAAAAGUGGGGUUCAGCCUUGGGGUGGACAGUCAGAGGCAGGAGCAGGAGGAGAAGCAGCUACUGAAGACGUUGACCCUUCAGAGGGACAAGGUUUCAGUCACAACGAUGUGGGUUCUCUGGGCCUUGGCCAUAAUGUUGAGCAUCCACGCAGGUACACUUGACCUGGUGGAAACACCCCCAGGGGUGAGCACUCUCCCUGCCGUUGUACCCAAUGUGAACACCCUCCCUCUUAGCCUGCCAACACCACCACGCCUCAGAGAUCCCCCCAACAAGCAAGGCUCAGCUCCCAAAAAUCAACCAGCUCUCUCCAAAGGCGGCAAGUGUGCACCUGCAGCCAGAUACUUCCUCUCCGGUGGCAAACUCCAAGACUAUCUCAUGGACGCUCUGCCCCCACAGAUCGAGGAAAUAGUCAAGUGUGAUGACGUUAACAUAGCAGGUGUGCUUGGGACACUGAUAGCCACCGUGGACAAUGCUGACCUGCUCUCGCUCUUAGAUCCCACCUCCCUCCUACAAGGGGCAGGCGGUCUCGGCCUAGAUGGUAUUCUAGGCAAAGCAGGGAAUGAGGAUCCCUCAAAGCCCUCUUCAGGGUCCAAGGCCGCUGGAGGUCUCAGCCAGCUCCUCCCAGGGGGCAGUGGUGGCCUGGGCAGCUUACUAAGCCUCGGUGGAGACAAGGGCCCUGGGAAAGGACUUCUGAAUGGAGACGUGCUCUCCGAUAUCAAGAAGCCUUUGGAUGACAUGAUUGGAAACGUAGACAACCUGAAAGACUCUGUAGAGGCCAAGGUGAAUGAAAUACUCCCAGAAAGCGUCAAAGACCCACUUUCAGAUCUGCUCAAGGUCAAGGUCCAAGACCUUCUGCUCGACUUAAAGGUUGAUGAAGUCACCGUGGACAGCAUAGACAUAACCAUGGCAGCGGAUGAGAUCCAAGUCCACUCGGCAGUCACUGCCAACAUAGGUGGAAAAGGAGCACUUGGAUCUGUCAUCAGCUUACUGAAGUUUCAGUCUGCAAUGGAUGUGACGAUGAAAGCUGUUAUUUCCUCCAACAACACCCAGUGCGUCAACCUUGACAUCCAGGACACCCAUUUCCAGGUCAACGAAGUGAACAUUCAGUUAAUAGAGACAGUCACAGGAACUGUGCCUCUCCCCCUGCCUCUGCCCUUGAAUGACAUCGUCCCGGUACUGCUGACAGUAGAAAUGAAUGAGAAUCUGGAGAAUUCCAACUCCUGUGCCAUCGUUCUCACGAACUUUAAUGAGUGCAAGAACACUACCGGCUUAUUCAAGUACCAGACUCAAAGUGCCAGGUUGUCUCCCAAAGGACUUUCCAUCCUCUACUGUGUUGAGGCCAACAUUGGCAAAAGAACAGUGCCCGUGCCUGGAAGUCGACUGCCUCCAGAUCCCAGAAACGCCACCAUUUCUGUAACUAUGUCCACCUCAAUGCUGAAGACACUUCUAGUUUAUGUGGCCAAGCAGAGCUCUGUCAAGACGAAUGACCUGGAAGCCAACAUCACCAAAAUAGCCUAUACCUUCCAGAAAGACAAACUCCUCAGAGUCUUUUAUGAGGUUAAAAUAACAAAGAAUGGCGAGGACUUUGCCACUGGGAAAACGCAAUUAAUCGUCAGCCAUAACAGCAAGAUUUCAAAAACCAAACUGGUACCAGACAUCAAACUCACAAGGUCUGAUCACAGAGUGGAGCCCCCUGAGGCUAAGGAAGAGGUGGAAGGCAUUUUGUCUGAAGUUAUGAAGAAGUCCUGGUCUACCUUCAAUGAACUGUAUAAACAAAUGAAUGUUCCAGAAGGAGUGUCUUCAUUUGCCUUAUCGAAUGCCGAUGUCAAACCGCUGAAAUCGAGUGACCUUCAGGCAGCAAACUGAAGCCAGCACUGCUGAGGCCACAGCGAACCCCCCUGUGAAUUUUUCCAUGCAACUCUGAAGCCCCAUCCUUGUGAUUAAGGACAGUAGUAGUAGUCCCUCGGCCUGCUCAGGAUCCUCUGCCCUGACUGACAAGGGAAAGAACAUUUCAAGGACCUGGGUGCUUUGUAAUCAGCUCCUUAAU